CUGGUCCUGAGCCCCGUGUAUAAGAAGCUCGCGGCGUCGCGGCGACAGUAGCAGUAGCAGAACCCACAGCUCGGUCCCGGUUAUGGACCACUUCUGCAACGCGGAGCUCGGACACUCCCCCCCGGACCCUGUCUGGGACUGGAACCGCACAUGGCGAUCAGAAAACCCGGACGUGACGCAGUGUUUUCAAAACACCGUCCUCGUCUGGGUUCCGUGUUUCUACCUCUGGCUGGUGGCACCAUUUUACUUCCUGUACCUCAAAACUCACAGUCGUGGCUACAUCUGCAUGAGCCACCUGAAUAAAGCUAAAACCGUCACUGGGUUGCUGCUGUGGAUUAUCUGCUGGUCAGAUGUUUUCUACUCUUUCUGGGAAAGAGGCCACGGGGUCGCGCUCGCACCCGUUUACCUAGUCAGUCCCACGCUGCUCGGCAUCACCAUGAUUUUAAAAUCUUUUGUGUUUUUGUGUUCAACAGUUGCUAGCGGCAUUUUUGUCCAGUACGAGCGGAUGAAGGGCAUCCAGUCCUCCGGAGUGAUGCUGAACUUCUGGCUCAUCGCUUUACUUUGCGCAACAGUAACAUUUCGCUCCAAAAUAUUGCAGGCUCUAAACGAGCCUGACUCUGUAAACAUCUUCAGAUACACCACGUUCUACAUUUACUAUGCCCUGCUGUUAAUCUCCCUCAUCCUGUCCUGCAUAUCUGACCAGCUGCCGCUCUUCUCCCCAACCGUCAAAGACUCUAAUCCAUGUCCAGAAGCAGGAGCCAGCUUUCUGUCCAGAAUCACCUUCUGGUGGAUCACAGGGUUGAUGGUAUGCGGCUAUAAGAAGCCGCUGGAGGAGAAAGAUUUAUGGUCUCUUAAUGCAGAGGACGAGUCUCAGGUUGUCGUCCCGCAGCUGGUUUGCCGCUGGAACCACGAAUGCAGCAAAGUCAAAAGGUCAGAAGACAAGGCCGUGUAUUCUCCUAAACGCUCAACCAAGACGGAGAACAAAGACCAGCAGCCGAUCGAAGAGUCUGAGAUCUUAAUAACGAAUGCUCCUCAGAAGACACGUGAGCCCUCGCUGUUCCUCGCUCUGUGCCGGACCUUCGGGCCGUACUUUCUCAUCAGCUCCAUCUACAAGAUCAUUCACGACAUCCUGAUGUUCACCGGACCAGUAAUCCUCAGUCUGUUGAUCCAGUUUGUGAACGACUCUAGUGCCCCCUACUGGCACGGCUACUUCUACACCGCUCUGCUGCUUGUGUGCACAUGCAUACAGACACUAAUACUGCAGAGGUACUUUCACGUGUGUUUCGUGUCGGGAAUGAGGCUGCGUACGGCCAUUGUAGGCGCCGUAUACAGGAAGGCGCUGGUGAUUACGAACGCCGCUCGCCGCACGUCUACCGUUGGAGAAAUCGUAAACCUCAUGUCUGUAGACGCUCAGCGCUUCAUGGACUUGAUCACGUACAUCAAUAUGAUCUGGUCAGCGCCUCUUCAGGUCAUCCUGGCACUUUACUUCCUCUGGCAGAAUCUGGGUCCGUCUGUGCUGGCUGGAGUUGCUGUGAUGGUCCUGAUGGUUCCUGUAAAUGCAGUUAUAGCCAUGAAGACUAAAACCUACCAGGUCGCACAGAUGAAGAGCAAAGACAACCGGAUCAAGCUGAUGAACGAGGUGCUGAAUGGCAUCAAGGUGCUGAAACUGUACGCGUGGGAGCUGGCCUUCAGGGCCAAAGUGUCUGAGAUCAGAGAGAGCGAACUGCGUGUGUUGAAGAAGGCAGCGUACCUGGCCGCCGUGUCCACCUUCACCUGGGUCUGCGCUCCUUUCCUGGUGGCACUCUCGACGUUCGCCGUGUACGUGCUUGUGGACGAGAACAACAUUCUGGAUGCGCAGAAGGCCUUUGUUUCACUUGCUCUCUUCAACAUCCUGCGUUUUCCUCUCAACAUGCUGCCCAUGGUCAUCAGCAGCAUGGUGCAGGCGAGUGUCUCCCUGAAACGUCUCCGUGUGUUUCUUUCUCAUGAGGAACUGGAAGAGGACAGUGUGGAUCGCAGACCAGUUACUGGCUCACCCGAAAGUAUCAGGAUUGUGGAUGGGGCUUUCAGCUGGUCUAAAGGUGACUCUCCUGCUUUAAAGAGGAUUAAUGUGAGUAUCCCUGAAGGAGCGCUCGUUGCUGUAGUGGGUCAAGUGGGUUCAGGAAAAUCCUCCCUGCUCUCGGCUCUCCUGGGAGAAAUGCACAAACAGGAGGGUCUCGUGUCAGUCAAGGGUUCGGUGGCGUACGUGCCCCAGCAGGCGUGGAUCCAGAACGCCACGUUGAAGGAGAACAUCGUGUUCGGGCAGCAGAUGAAGGAAAGCUGCUAUCAGAAAGUUCUGGAGGCUUGUGCUCUCCUUCCAGACCUGGAGAUCCUCCCUGGAGGAGAUGAAACGGAGAUCGGAGAGAAGGGAGUGAAUUUAUCUGGAGGUCAGAAGCAGCGUGUGAGCCUGGCCCGAGCGGUGUACAGUGAUUGCUCAGUGUAUUUGUUAGAUGAUCCGUUGUCGGCCGUCGACGCUCACGUGGGAAAACACAUAUUCGAGAAGGUCAUCGGGCCUCAGGGCCUCCUGCAGGGACACACACGUGUGCUGGUGACCCACGGGCUGAGCUUCCUGCCUCAGGUCGACCUCAUCCUGGUGAUGGAGGACGGACAGAUCACGGAGACGGGCUCGUACACAGAGCUGCUCAGCAGACAUGCCGCUUUCGCCGAGUUCCUGCGCUCUCACACCAACGCUGACCAGGAAGAAGAGAACGAGGGAGGAGGAGGAGAAGUGUGCGAAGAACAGAGUGAGAAAUCGGAAGAUCCGCAGAAAACGCUGGAAAAUGGAGGCCCGGCGGCUCUGCUGAGAAAAAGCCAGGUGUCCCUAAACACAGCAGGAACCGCGAAGCAGAAAGUAGACAUCAAUGACCUGAAAGGGCAGAAACCCAAAUCUACAGACGCGUCGAAACUGACCGAGGCGGAUAAAGCCAAGACGGGCAGAGUGAAGCUCGCCGUGUUCUGGGAGUACAUGAAAGCCAUCGGGGUGUGUCUGUCCAUCUUCAGCAUCUUCCUCUUCCUCACUCAUCACGUAGCCUCUCUGGGUUCCAAUUACUGGUUGAGCUUAUGGACGGAUGAUCCGGUCAUUAACGGCACUCAGCCCUCCAGAGACCUGCGUCUGGGAGUGUACGGAGCGCUGGGACUCUCCCAAGGCAUCGCCGUGUUUUCAUACUCCAUCUCGGUGUCCAUCGGUGGGAUCCUGGCGUCUCGGUACCUCCACGAGACCAUGCUGUACAACGUCCUGCGCUCGCCCAUGUCGUUCUUCGAGCGCACUCCCAGCGGGAACCUCGUCAACCGAUUCUCCAAGGAGACGGACACCAUCGACUCUGUGAUCCCCAGCAUCAUCAAGAUGUUCAUGGGCUCCUUGUUUAACGUGCUGGGAUCCUGCGCCGUCAUCCUUCUCGCCACGCCGUUAUUGGCCAUCAUCAUCCCUCCUCUGGGGCUCUUCUACGUCUUCGUGCAGCGCUUCUAUGUGGCCUCGUCCCGACAGCUGAAGCGCCUGGAGUCAGUCAGUCGAUCUCCGGUGUACACACACUUCAACGAGACCCUGCUGGGAACGAGUGUGAUCCGUGCCUUCGGAGUGCAGAAACGCUUCAUCGGAGAGAGCGACAGACGAGUGGAUCACAACCAGAAAGCCUAUUUUCCCAGCAUUGUGGCAAACAGGUGGUUAGCAGUGAGACUGGAGUUUGUGGGGAACUGCAUUGUGACCUUUGCUGCAUUGUUCGCUGUGAUUGCCAGAGACAGCCUGAGUCCAGGCAUCAUGGGACUUUCCAUCUCCUAUGCCCUGCAGGUCACUGCGUCUCUGAACUGGCUGGUGAGAAUGUCCUCGGAGUUGGAGACCAACAUUGUAGCAGUGGAGAAAGUGAAAGAGUACGAAGAAACUGAGAAGGAGGCGGAAUGGAAGCUGGAGAAAAGCUCUGUUCCUGAAGGAUGGCCCACAGCCGGCCACAUCGAGAUCCGGAGAUUUGGUCUGAGGUACAGAGAGGACCUGGACCUGGCCAUCCAUGACAUCAGCGUAACCAUCGAGGGAGGAGAGAAGGUGGGAAUCGUGGGUCGGACCGGAGCAGGGAAGUCGUCUCUGACCCUCGGGUUGUUCCGGAUCAUCGAGGCAGCUGAGGGGGAGAUCUGGAUCGAUGGAGUGAACAUCGCAGAGCUCGGCCUUCACGAACUGCGCUCUCGCAUCACCAUCAUCCCACAGGACCCGAUUCUGUUCUCCGGAUCUCUGCGUAUGAACCUGGAUCCGUUUGAUUGUUACUCUGAUGAGGAGGUGUGGAAAGCUCUGGAACACGCUCAUCUCAAAGUCUUUGUGUCUGGUCUUCAGGACAAACUAAACCACGAAUGUUCCGAGGGAGGAGAGAACCUCAGUUUGGGUCAGAGGCAGCUAGUGUGUUUGGCUCGAGCUCUCCUCAGGAAGACGAAGAUUCUGGUUCUGGAUGAAGCCACAGCGGCUGUAGACCUGGAGACGGAUGAACUGAUCCAGUCCACCAUCCGCACUCAGUUCGAGGAGUGUACAGUACUGACCAUUGCUCACCGCCUCAACACCAUCAUGGAUUAUACACGGGUUCUGGUUCUAGAUAAAGGCCAGAUGGUGGAGUUUGAUUCUCCAUCCAGUCUCAUCGCAAACAGAGGGAUCUUCUACAAGAUGGCCAAAGACUCCGGUUUGGUCUGAUUACAAUAAUACUUAAAAAGGUGAUGAAUAUAAGAAAGCAACAGCAGAUCUUUUGAUCUGCUCACUCCAGAAUUCACUGUCUAGUGUGCAACAGACACACUGUGAUACCGUCUAUUCAGAAAUCCAGCUGCCACUCUGGAAUUAACUGUCCAUUCUGGAACACUGCUCUCACUCCAGGAUUUACUGUCCGUUAUAGAACGCCAAUUUUAAUACAGAGCCCAGUGUCAUUCUAGAAAAUGUUUUUCUUUUUUUCUUUUCCUGCAUCUGAAAUGCACAAUCUAUUCUAGAACACAGGCCUUGUUCUAGAACAACGUGUCCAUUCAAGACCCCCGUUCCACUGGUCUCACUCAAGAACCCAGUGUCCAUUUUAGAUACAUUGUUGUGUGCCUGUUUUCUAGAACACAGCUGUCUCUCCAGAAACAACCCUCUGUUUUAAGACACAGGCCAGUUCCAGAACACAGCUGUCACUCCGGCUUAACCGCCUUUUUUUUCUUUUUCCUUUUUUUAAACACAAGCCUCUUUCUAGAAUCAAACGGGCUCAAUUUACACUCAGGAAUUAAUUCUCUGUUCACACCAUAUCACUAGAGAGUUUGUGUCCAUUCUAGAUCACAGGGUUUUUUUUGCCUCUGAAAUGCACAAACUAUUCUAGAAUAUUGCUGUGGUUGGCGGUGUUUUUUUUUUUUUUUUUUUUUUUUUGCGCCUUGUUCUAGAACACAGCGGUCACUCCAGAAUCCAUCCUCUGUUUAAAAACACAGGGUUUAUUUUAGAACCAAGUAUCCAGUUCUCACUCCAGAAUGAAUUCUCAGUUCUACAACCCCAAUUUCCUCCAGAACCCACUGCUCAUACUAGAACAAGACUUUUGCUUCUGAGACACACUGCCUGUUCUAGAAUGCUGUGUUCGUGCCAGAACAAACAGUCCAUUCUAGAACCCAGCUGUGGGCAGAGCCUGUGGAGGGACAUUGUUAUAAGCAAGCACUUUCUUUUCCUGCUGCUGGAUGAGCUGUUACUUUAGAGAAAUCCCUGAAUAUUUCACCAAAAAGACGGAUUUUAGUUUUGAAAUACCAAAAAAAAAGUUUAGGUUAGAAUCCAUUCUCGUUGACAUGCUGGCUUGAAACAUGAUACCUCAUAUACACACACACACACACACACACACACACACACAUACACACACACACACUUUUGGAAACUAAUCUUAUCAACCCUGAGUUCUCUUUAGUCUCCGCAUUAGCUAAGAAAUAAAUCUGCCAGUUUGAACAAGAGUACAAAAAGACAGGAGGUUAGCGAUGAUCUGUGGUGUGUUUCUCACUAGUGCACUCUAAAUACAAAAAAGAGGGAAAGAGAAAGCAAAAAGUGUAAUGAUGCAAUAAAGCAACAGUCUGAAUGGAUAAAAAACAAGGUAUGUUAGCUCAUGAACACGCCCAUAGGAGACAACUCUAGCACAAGAAGCCACACCCACAGGAGACGUUUUUAGCUCAUUAUGCCACGCCCACACUCAGGUGUCAUGUCGCAUCGACAUCAUCACUGUGACGUCGUCUUUCUAUCGGAUAACAAUGGUGGUGACAAAUCACCUGUUCUCCUGACGAAUGAAAACGCAGUCUUUUGUUUUUCUCCCAGCAUACUGCUUUUUUUUCUUUUUUCUUGUUCUGUCCGUUGAAUUGUAUUGAAUAUGAGAUCUCCUGGUGUUGCCUUUCUGACAGACUUCAGGUCAGGCGACGUCUCCAAUAGGCUGUAGUCAGGUCGCUCCUGAAUGGUAGACGACGAGGAAUUGAAGGUGAUGAUGAUUUAACGUACCGCUGAUGUGUGUAUCCUUUAAAACCGAGCUUCUGAGGUGAACUGGUGGUUACGUACGGAUUAAAACAAUAAAACUUGAUCCGUCCCUGUCGUUACGUUACAAUUUAGCGUGGAUUAAAUGUCGUUUCCUGACGUGAAAAAAAGUUACAGCUUGACCUGUUACAAAAGCACUGACACUGGAGACUCCUUCCCUCGGAACGAGGUGUUUCUAUUGUAUAGUGGAGUUUCUGUUAUAGAAAAUUAAUAGACACCUUCUGACCAAUCAAAAUGCAGCAUUCUGUAGCUAUGCCAUGCUACGUUAGAUAUAGUUAUAGAACGUUGCGCUAAUUAUUAGUCAGGGAAAGGAGACGUGUGGCGCUCACCGUAUCUGUGUCCUGGUCUACUCAGCUAUCUUUUCAUUUGUUGUUUGAAGAUCUAAGUGAUGUCCUCAUGACCAUCAUCUACAUGUCUGGGAUUCUGCAGCCACCACGAUGAUGAUGAUGAUGAUUGAAUUAAUUCUUUCCUAGGCUUCAAAUACGUUACGAGAGAUGCGAUGUAUAGGCUUUUGGCUUCUUAUAAACUAACCACCAGGUCACCUCAAUGGAGUUUCACGUGGAGGAGACAUCCACAUCCACAUCCAAGUGUGAAGCUUCAUGUUGUCAUCAGUUAGUUGCCAUAUGUUAGUGUGGGUUUUUUUCUAUGCAAACUUUAUUCAAUGCUGCUCAAAUAAUAAUAAUAAUUUUCACAUUUUAUUUAUAUAUAUAUAUAUAUGUGUGUGUGUGUGUGUGUGUGUGUAUAAUAUCACACACUGUAUGACCAAAAGUUUUUGGACACCUGACCAUACAUUUGGUACGUUCUUCUUUUUGGACAUCCCAUUUCAUAUUGAGUUCCUUAUUUGCUCGUAUGAGAAGCUUCACUCUUCUGGGAAGAAUUUCCAUUAGAUCCCACUUUUUUUCUUUCUCAAUAGGUUUAGGGACAGAGCUGUAGAGCAGGAGAUCUUCCACUCCAACCCAUGUUAUCUUCAUUGUGCAGCAAUUUCAUGCUGGAACAGGUUUGGGUGAAGGGGAAAACUUAUCAUUACAUUCAAAUGCAAUUGUGCAUGUCCGACUCCGUGAGAACAGUUUGGUGAAGAUCCACAUAUGACUAUUAAAGUCGGGUGUCCCAAUAUUUUUGGCCCUACAUUGUGUAUAUAAAACAUUUUUCUUUAUUAUAGUGAGAACGAGGAAAUGACUCUGGUAAUGAGCAGUUUUUAUCUCUCUUCAAAUAUAAUUAGUGCAGGUCCUUUCGAAUAUCUUUUCUACCUGCUGGUGUGUGUGUGUGUGUGUGUGUGUGUGUGUGUGUGUGUGUGUGUGUGUGUGUGAGAGAGGGAGAGCUGAACGUCUGGAGUUUAUUACCAAACCUUUGCAUUUCAUGUACACCAGAUUUGUUUGUUAUUUUUAUUUAUAUGGUGCGUGUUCGGUCAGCGAAUGCUUAUUUGUAAUGUACUCGUACUAGUUUUAAAGUGUGCUUCCUUUCAUAAAAGGAAAUCUCGAGUUAAAUAAAAUAAAGGAAUGGUUUCGUAA